AUGUUGUCCACCGCUCUCUUGUCUCUCGCGGCCCUGCCCCUCGCGGCCCUGGCCAUCGAGCUCCCUUUGGAUAACCAGUUGGCGCAGCAGCCUGGCUUAAUCCGAUACCCCAUCACCGUCACGCCGGGAGCCCCGCACAAGAACAGCUUUCUCCGACGUCAAGUCGAUGUUGCUGUUCGCCCCGAGCAAUCAGCCUUCUUCUACUCCAUCGAGCUCCAGUUCGGCACUCCGCCCCAGCCCGUGAGCGUCAACUUUGACACCGGUUCCGCCGAGCUUUGGAUCAACCCUGUAUGCAAAAAAUCAAACGACGCCGCCUUUUGCGAAAAGCUUGGUCGUUUCAAUGGCAGCCAGACGUAUGUCGACCUCAAAUUUGCCAACAGGAUCAACUACGGAAGCGGUUACGCUCAGCUCGAGUACGGUUAUGAUUAUGUUCAGAUUGGCUCCGCCAGAAUCGCCCAGCAAAUAUUCGGCGUUGCUACCGACAGUGAGUUUACCGUUACCGGCGUCUUUGGCGCAGGCCCGGAGCCCAAGGGUUGGUCCAAUGACUACCCCAUGGUCCUCGACAACAUGGUCACCCAGGGCCUCAUCAAGAGCCGCACCUUCUCUCUCGACAUUCGUUCCAUUGGGAGUGCGCGAGGCUCAGUCGUCUUUGGUGGCCUUGACACCAAGAAAUUCUCUGGACGACUCGAGAAGCGUCCCAUUAUCCCCGCAGACAAGUCUCCCGACGGCUACACUCGCUACUGGGUCUACCUGGACGGCAUCUCCCUCACCCCUGGUGACGGUUCCAGCGUAGUCGUGUUUGAUCAGGUCAACGGCCAGCCUGUGUUGAUGGACAGCGGCUACACCGUGUCGUCUCUACCCACCAAGUACUUUGACAAGAUCAAGGACGCCUUCCCCGGCGUCACCGCCCCUCCCAAGGGCGACGACUCCGGCAUGUACCGGGUUCCUUGCAAUGUGGGAGACGAGAAUGCCACCGUCAACUUCAAGUUUGGCAAGACGGAGAUCAACGUCCCAUACCGAGACUUUAUCUGGAAGCAGGAAAAGGACGGCUCUUGCGUUCUCGGAGUGGUCCCCGACGACAAGUUCCCCGUUCUCGGCGAUACCUUCCUGCGCGCUGCUUACGUGGUGUACGAUCAGGAAAACCGCAACAUCUUUGUCGCCAACAACGAGGACUGCGGUUCCUCUCUUUUGGCCAUAGGCACGGGUGCUGAUGCCGUUCCGUCAAUUGAGGGAGACUGCAGCAAGGCUGAUGGCACAACUUCGUCUGCCGUUUCUCCUUCCACCUCCAUCAAAGCUUCCAUCAGUCCCUCCACUACCGCGCCCACCGGCAAGAACAGCACCAUGACGACCACUUCCAAGGCAGCCGUAUUGGAGACUACCACUACGACUCUCUCCACCAUUGCCAGUGUCGAGGCUGGCAAGAACAGCACCGGCGUUGUCAAGACGGAUCCGACCAUGACGCCUGGAGUCACGCCGGCGCCGUUUCCGACGGGCAGCUGGUACAACGCGACGCACCUCCCCCACACCUACACAUCGACCUUUACCACAAUCGAGCUCCACAACAUCACCUCUUGCGCUUUGCAUUCUGACGGCUGCUCCAUUGGUGCCGUCGCGACUCGAACCAUCAUUGGAACGACCACCUGGUGCCCUGAAAAGGACGGGAACCCUGCCUCCAAGCCCACCGAGAACACGGGGCCAACCGUCACUGCGAAGCCGAGCCUCGUGUCGCAACCAGUCAUCACGUCCGUCUUUAUCACGACCAAGACGCACAAGAUCCCCUCGUGCCCUGAAAACGGUGGUUCUUCUUGCGGCGAGGGUGGCGUCUCCACCGAGGUGUUGACUUUGACGACAUCCGUCUGUCCCCCCUCGACGGGUAUCUUUACCAUUCCGCGAACGCACACCUGUGGCAACACGGAGACUGGAUGCACACCCGGAGACAGGGUUGUCAAUGUCUACGUCGUCACUGUCCUGCCUCAAACAACUGCGGACAAGCCUACUCCGGUCCCAGGCUGCGGCGACUGCAUCCUUCCUCCACCGGCUCGGACCUUGCCCCCGACGACGCCAAUCUCCACGACGCAGCCGAGCAUGGAGACUCCCGCGCCAGUUCCCACCGGCCUCGCGGGCACCGCCGGCGGCAUCACCACGUUUACCAAGCCAGCGGGGACGAGUCCUUGCCGCACCUGCGGGUCCGCGACCAACUCGCUGCCGCCGAUCGCGACCGCCGGUGCUGCCGGAGCAGGCCGAGUGUCCGGCAUGGCUGGUGGCAUGCUGCUGGCAGUCCUGGCAGUCGCCGUCUUGUGA